AACAAAGUUAACGUGACAACGUCACUUAGCGACGGCAAUCUCAGCCGAAAACAUCUAUAUUGGUGCGGGAAUUCAAUACCAGCCAAAAUGGCUGAAAAAGACCCGCCCAGGGUAAAAUUUUUAGAGGUGAAACCAGCUGCCGACGUCACCGACGACGACAUUAAUAAAGUUACUCCAAAAACAGGUAACAAUCAUGACGAUGUUCGAAACAAAUUCAGUAAAGAACAGAAUAAAUCUAAAUUUUUUCCAGUUCCACCACAUACAAGGUCAGUCCAUGAGACUGAGUUUGCGAAAUUUGACAGGUCAUUCCACGAGGUGGAAUUAAAAUUCGCAAACAAGGUCAAGGAGGCAAAAGAAGUAAAGAUUCACGACUCUAAGGAAGGAAAGGAUGUAGAACCGAAAACAAAUGAAAAUUCUAAUGUAGCUAGAAACGGAAAAUCGAAGCAAAGGAAACUGAAAAAGAAUUCCGUUUUACCUUUGGAUGUUACACAGAAGGAUAAAGAGAAAUUUGAAGAUUCCACUAAGGAUGUGGAUGUAGGAGAAACUGAUUGCCGAAAUGAUAAGAAGAAGAAAACGAAGAAGGGAAAUGGCAAGUCAAAAAAGAAGAAGAAAAAAGGACUGAAGAACCCAGUCGUGGAAACACAAUCCACUUUAACAACAAGUAAAGAACCAGAGGAGCAGAAAGUGCAGUUAACUGAGGCCACAAACAGGAUGAGCAGCGACGAAGUCAAAUCCACAGACGAAAAGAAUAAAACAAGAAAACUUCCUUGCUGCUUUGGCUUCGUUGCAACUUGGCUCGCCAAGAGGAAACAGAAGAGGCGAGAUAAGAAGAGAAAAGCGAUCGCCAACAGGUCCACCCUGCCGAACCUCGUGCAAUAUGAACACAAGAAGACAAGGGGAGGUGAAGCUUUUGUCAUAGAGGUUGACACUAAACCUGUCAUAAAGAAGCCGCUCCUGCCUCCUAUAAAACAAACAGCCGGACCUAUACGUCGUGGCACUGACGACAGACUUCAGACAGCCGAGAAAAGGAGGGCGGUGGAAUUGGCAAAACGGAAAGCUGCUGCAGAAACCUAUGAAAGGAAAAGGACCAAAUGUAAGGCAAAAAAGUCAGAGCUGGAUGUAGACUUCAGGAAUAAAACCGAUCUUAACAUCAGAUUCAAACAAGCAGACGCUGAAAGGAACCGAUAUAACCUAAGCCGGCGCACAAGAACAGCGACAAGACCAAGGCCUGUUUCAUCCAUCCAAUCUCCAUCCUGCGAAUCUAUGAGUAUUGAAGGCGAUCCAUGCGCUUUUAUUGAUGAUGACAACGAUCCAGACGCAUGGAGAGUCGACGAUGUCGACAUCUUCUCUUACUAAAUUUUAUGCUGACCGACUGCCUCCUGAAAACGGUAGACCAAAUAUAGUUUGCUGGUCACGUGACAGGAUAAAGUCAAAAAAUUUAUUAUAAGCAGUGAAUAGUUCAUUUAUUGAAAUUAGCAUUAUAAAAUAACAAUUUUGAUCAAUAGAAUGAAAAAGUUUGCAUUAUUUUUGUAUGAAACCAAAUAAUUUGACAUAUUUAGUAGUAAAGUGUGCUUUUUAAUUUUCAGUUAAUUAAAUCAAAUAUUUUCUACAUUUAGGAUUAAUUACAUUAUUUUUUGUUGAAAACAUGAUGUUCAUAAACUAAAAGGAUAUUUUCAAACACAAAUACAUGUAUAUAAUUACGUAGUUCUGACCAUGUAUAUUUUCAUGCCAUAAAAUGGAUAAAAAGCAAUAAAAGAAUCUGAAAAAUACAAAAAAAAAAAAUGUAAUCUACCUCUACAACCAUGAUUUAUCAUUGUGAGGUAUGAUAAAAAAUCAAACAUUUUUAUAAUAUUAAAAGAAUUGGAAAUACAACAACAACCAUUAAAACAUGUCACUAAAAACAUCUACCUACAUUUGAUUUAUCAUUAGUAGGUAUGAAAAAUAAUUUAGAGCAUCUUUAAUCUCCAUUAGAUUACAUCAUGAUGAAAAUAUCUCUUUUCUUUACAUUGUAUUGUACUAAAGUAGGCACAUUUUAAUUUCAUAAAAUUUAGCAUGAUGGAAUAAAACAAUGUCCAUUAAUUUUAUGGUGCUUACCAUACCGCUGAUAUUAUAAAAUUUCUUAGACAAGAGUUUUUCUGUAAAUUCCUCUCAUAAGUUUUGGCAUGAAAUGUUACAGGGGUCAGUCAUAAAGCGUUAACAGCUUGUUGGUGUUUAGCAUUUUCUUAAGAAAUAAUCAUUAAAAUCAUCUAAAAUUAAUGGCAUGAAAUGAAACAUGGGUCAGUACGAUGCUUUAAGCAAAUUUUCGGAUCGCAUUACUUUCUAUACAUACAUUAACUGAAUAUUUCAACAUAAUUUUCUGCGAAUUGUUUCAAAUGGAAUUGGAGACAUUUAUACCUUAAUUAAAAUAUCUAAGAAAUCAUAUUGACAAUGCAUUUACAAAAGAAUUGUUUUAUCAGAUUAGACUCUAUUUUAAAUCAGCAUUAUUUUAGUAUCUCCAAUCAGUCUGUACAUGAUUUUUUUUCUGAUUUUAACAGUUAUCUUUAUCACGUGACUCAGCUCCAAGGCGUCUUUUGUUUUUCAUGUCUACCGUUGUAGGGUGGUGGUCGGUCGUGAUUUUGGCAUUGCUUAAAGAAAUAAACAAAUUUUGUCUAGUUAUACUUUUUUAAAAGAAUCAAGAAUAAAGAGUUUUAGAAUU